GAUAAAAUAUUAGAGAUAGAAUUCGAUGGACAGACAAGUCAUCAUACAAUGCUUCAAGUAUGGCCAGUACGUCAACCUCGUCCAGUUGCUGAAAAACUUCCUGGUAAUCAUCCAUUGUUGACUGGUCAACGAGUAUUAGAUGCUUUAUUCCCAUGUGUUCAAGGUGGUACAACAGCUAUACCAGGUGCCUUUGGUUGCGGUAAAACAGUCAUAUCUCAAUCAUUAUCAAAAUAUUCAAAUUCUGAUAUUAUCGUCUAUGUUGGUUGUGGUGAACGUGGAAAUGAAAUGUCAGAGGUGUUACGUGAUUUUCCAGAG